GGGUGAGAACUCGGAGGAAUACCUGUCCAGCAAGAGGAUCUCGAUGGCACAAUGAUGGAUGACUAAUGGUAAGAAACACGUCAAGUUGCAGGGCAUUGCCAUCAAGGUCCUCAGCAUGUGGACCACCGCGUCCCCGUGCGAGAGGAAUUGGUCCACAUUCGACCUCGUGCACACCAAGAGGCAAAAUAAGCUGUCUCCUGAAACGCUGGAGAAGCUCGUCUUCGUGCAUUGGAGCACCAAGCUUCUUCGAAUGUCGCGGUUGAAGAGAGGUUACGUGAACACCGAGCGGCUCGACUGGGAGACUCCGGAGGAUGUGGCCUCACAUGACGGAUUUAUGCAGGAUGGGGAGUACGACCCCGAGGACGUGGCGAGACAGGCCGCAAAUUGGUCGAGAGCAGGCAGUCGCUUAUCCAAGGCAACGAUGCUUGACAUUCAGCCUAUUCUAGACGAGGUUGAGGAUGACGGAGCAUGGUUGGCUGCUCAUACUUACACACCUCCUCCGCUCAGACCGGACCGUGCCAGGGUGGUCGAGGAUGUUUCAGCGGAUUCGGACGAUGAGGAGGAGGAGGAUGAGAUAGCUGAUUUGCCUCUUUUGUGUAGCAGGGCGAGGAUGACCGCGUCACGCAUGGAGCAGGGAGAUGACAGUUUGGUUGGUUGUGUUACCGUUACUCCUACCACCCGGGUUGAUGAAAGUGCAGUUGGUGGCGCAGGUUCUUGUGUGACCACUUCUAUUGGUCAUCAUGCUUCUGCAACCGUGGCUGUUGGUGGGAGAUCAACAUUGCAACGUAGCACUUGUGUUGGUGGCACGAGUUCAGCUGCUGAUCAUGUUCAUGGGAGCACUGCAGUUGGUGGGAGUUCGACCCGGAUUGACCAGCAGAUUUGCGUUGCCGCAGCCAGUCCAACCGCGACCAAUCGCGAGAGCAUUCCGAAGUUUGACGGCCUCCCGAUCUUCUGCGAUGCAACGAAGACGGACCCGAUCCCAUGGUGGCGUCAGUUUGAGCUAAAGUUGGAUAUUCACCACGUCAUCAAUCCGAACCGGCACUCCUACCUAUACUCCCCCUCGGGAGGUGCGUGCCAGGCAUGGCUGGACAACAUGUUGUCCACGCACAAUGUCGCAGUCUCCGAGCUGCAUACGAAGAUCAGCUGGGCUGAUCUCAAGGCAGCAUGGCAUAAGCGGUUCCAAGUGGAGCCGCCCGAGCUUCAGGCAGCCGAGAAACUUCAACAGUUCUAUCAGAACGACCUGCCAAGCACGGACUGGAUCACCGAGUACCAACGCUUGGCAUCCACACCUAACUUGCCGUCGACAUUCGUCUCUAUCAAGCACUUCUUCAUCAGGAGGAGCUGCCCGGCGUUGCAGAACGCCUUGACGCAAGUUACGGAGACGCUCACCACAAGUGAGCAGCUUUUUGACAAAGCCUCGCAGAUCAUCCUGACGAACAUCGAGGCCAAGAAUUUGGGUCAUUCGUCUGCUGCAGGCCAGGGCAGAGGACAGCAUCGGCCGAAAGUGGUCGUGGUAGCAGCAACUACAGCGACCAACAUUUCAAACAAGGCUGCCUCUUAUGAGGAAGGAAACAGAUUGGCAGCCGCCCGGGAUGGUGGCCGCCCCGCCAGAGGGCGAGGACUCGGCAAACCGAAGACACACACCACUUCAGCCCCCGGGGCCGGACCAGCGGCUCAAGAGCCUUGGACACAUUACAGUAUCUCGUUAGGCGUGUACCGCGUCUGUUCUAAUGCGGAUCACACAACUAACUUCCAUCAGCGGACACUUACCGUUCGCGACGGCUUCGACGUUGAGGUGCCGUGUACCAUUCCUCUUCCACACUCCUCGAUCCGGUGCCAAGUUGUAACGGUCAAGUCUUUUCGGGCCACUUGCGCUUACGAGCGGACCGACGAGAUCGACCUAUGUUUUCUACGAGCCGCCGCGACGACCGAAUCUUCACCAACGGACUUGUCUUUGGACCCCCGAGUGGUGCGGCUGCUCGACGAGUUCACUGACAUCUUCGAGUCUCCUACCGGUGUGGUGCCGGAUCGGCCGAUCUCCCACGAGAUCAUUCUCGAGGCCGGUGCCGUGCCGCCGAAAGGAUGCAUCUAUCGCAUGAGCGAGGAAGAGCUCGAGGUUCUCCGCGCUCAAAUCGACGAUCUUUUGGACAAGGGCUGGAUCCGCCCUAGCAGCUCACCAUACGGUGUGCCAGUUCUCUUCGUACGCAAGAAGAACAAGGAUCUUCGCUUGUGCAUCGACUACCACAAGCUCAACGCACAAACCGUCAAGAAUGUGGGACCUCUUCCGCGAAUUGACGACCUUCUCGAGCGUUUGGGUGGCGCAAAUUUUUUUUCAAAGUUGGACUUGAAGUCGGGCUACCAUCAAAUCUCGAUACGCCCGCAAGAUUGCUACAAAUUUGCGUUCAAGACGCGGUACGGACACUUUGAGUGGAUCGUUAUGUCGUUUGGCCUCACCAAUGCCCCGACGACCUUUCAAGCGGCAAUGACCAACGAGUUUUGUGCGAUGCUGGACCGGUUUGUACUAGUCUACUUAGACGACAUCCUCGUCUAUAGCCGGACAUUGGAGGAUCAUCUUGAGCACCUUCGACGAGUGUUGGAGACACUUCGCCGUGCCAAGUACAAAGCCAACCGCGACAAGUGCGAAUUUGUCCGGCAAGAGCUGGAAUACUUGGGCCAUUUUGUCACACCGGAGGGCAUCAGUCCGUUGUCGGACAAGAUUCAAGCCAUCCAAGAGUGGCCGAAGCCGAAGACCGUCACAAACGUCCGUUCCUUCCUUGGCUUAGCCGGCUACUAUCAACACUUCAUCAAGGGAUACUCGAAGAUCGUGGCUCCUUUAUCCAAGCUUCAAUGUGAGGACCGGCCAUUCGACUUCGACGACCAUGCGCGAACUUCAUUUUUGGCUCUCAAAGCCGCAUUGCUAUCCGCGGAGGUGUUGCGCAUCUAUGAUCCGCUUUUGCCGACACGUGUCACUACUGAUGCGUCCGGCUAUGGCAUUGGUGCCGUCCUCGAGCAACAUGACGGCGUGGACUGGCACCCGAUCGAGUACUUUAGCAAGAAAGUGCCCGCCUUCCGAUGGGUAAUGGAUAACAAUCCAUUGGUCUUCUACAAGACCCAAGACACGGUCAAUAGCACCAUUGCCCGAUGGAUGGCCUUCAUCGACCAGUUUGACUUUUUUCCUGACCACAUUCCGGGCAAGUCGAACCGUUUUGCGGAUGCUCUUUCACGGCGCCCGGAUCAUUGUACCGCGGUCUACUCAACCUUCGAGAUCGACGAUGACCUGCGGAACAGCUUCAUCCACGGCUACCAAGCCGACCCCGAGUUUCGCGACAAGUACGCGAAUUGCUCCUCUCCUAAUCCGGCGCCUUCUCACUACCGGAUCCAAGAGGGGUACUUGCUUGUCCACACGCGGGGGAAGGACCUCUUUUGCGUACCAAGUGAUCCUCACUUGCGUACACGGCUUCUUGGCGAGUUCCACGAUGCUCCCGCCACCGGAUACUUUGGAGUCAAUCGCACGAUUUGCCGACUUCGCGAGCGAUUUUGGUGGCCCGGCCUUCUCGGCGACGUCACAUGCUAUUGUGAGUCAUGUGAGGUUUGCCGACGUUGCAAAUCCCGCAACCAUCGUCCGUACGGCGAGUUACGACCAUUACCGGUCCCGUUGAGGCGAAGGGAAGCGAUUGCCAUGGACAUUACCGGCCCGUUCCCCAAGCACAAGACCGGAGUGGAUGGGAUUCUCACGGUGGUCGACAGACUCACCAAGUUUGCCAUGUUUUUGUCGUGCCGCUAUCAUGCCAAGGCACCGGAGUUGGCCGAGGUUCUUUACGCCGGUUGGAUUCCAACCAAGGGUUACCCCAAGGAGAUCGUCUGCGACUGCGACACUCGGUUCAUAUCCGAUUUUUGGUUGGCGCUCAUCAAGCGAUUGCUCAUCUCUCAAGCCCAGUUCAGCUCGCCACCCUCAGACCGAUGGCCAAACGGAGAGGGCGCACCAGACCGCAUAGGUUCUCCUUCGCACUCUCAUUCGUCCUGACCAAAAGGACUGGGUUGAGUGGCUGCCGGAUGUC